AUGUUCAAGAAUCAGUUUGCAGCUUGCCGAGCACAAGAGGCCACGAUCGUUGAUUUGAUGAACCUCAAGCAGGGUAAGGAGGAGCCUCUGAAAGCCUUCAUGGAUCGGUUCCAAAGAACCGUCAGCCGUGUCAAGGGACUCAGCACGGAGUUGGCUUUGCAACACGUUAUGCCCGGACUGCGUCCUAGACCGUUUAAAGAUAGCGUAUGCCGGAAUCCUCCUAGUAGUAUGGAAGAAUUGCGUCAGCGAACGGAUGACGAGAUCAGGGUAGAGGGUAUGAAACAAAGCUACCAGAAAGAACUCCAGGAGGCGAAGUCGAAAAAGCAGGAAGGCCGGCGGGACGGUCAGGGCGGUCGCCCAGGUAGCGGCAAGGCGAAAGAGGGACCCCGGAAUCCCCGGUUCCCUCAGUACACACAGCUGAACGCCCCUAGGGCCCGGAUACUGCAAGAAUCGCUUAGCACCCAAAUAAUGCAGGUGCCACAACAGCGUCCGACCCCCCCGGGAGCGGACAAUUCUAAACAUUGUUUGUACCAUCAAAACAUGGGUCACAACACUGAAGAUUGCAUGACAUUGAAAGAUAAAAUAGAAGAAAUGAUCAGGUCUGGACUGUUGCAGCAAUAUGUGAAAGGAAAUUGA